UUGAGGGAGGAGCAGUGGGUUGCAGGAGGUCUGUAGAUGUGGGUCGAGAAAUUAGUUCAUCGCUUUGGUGUUUGCCCGUCAACAACUACUGAGACUGACGCACAGCUAGUGGAGGAAGGGGGGACUGGCACGGAGCAGAACAAGCCUCUCAGCAGACAAUUGGAACAGGAAGCAAGGAAGGAAAGGGUCUUUCACCCGGAGGAAGACUGGCAAACUCAUUGGGAUUGUGACAAGACAGCCACACAACAGCUCCAGAGACCACCCAUUGUGCACUAGAGAUCAGAAGAUGAACACCACCCUGUCAAACACUUCCAUCAAGUGUGUUCGGGAUACCAGUGUGACGGCGGUGGUUUUCCCCAUUCUAUACAGCAUCCUCUUCAUAUGUGCCCUGAUCCUGAACUCCCUGGCUGCAUGGAUCUUCUUCAACAUCCCCAGCACCUCUACAUUUAUGGUCUUUCUAAAAAAUGUGGUGGUGGCUGACUUGCUGAUGACCCUGACCAUCCCUGUGAGGAUCUUAAGUGAUGCAGGCGUGGGCUCCUCACAGCUACGCGCCUUCCACUGUCGAUACUCUGCAGUUCUCUUCUAUAUCACCAUGUACAUCAGCAUCCUUCUGCUGGGCCUCAUCAGCCUGGACCGAUACCUGAAAAUAGUCAAACCAUUUGGGAAGGGUGCCCUGCAGAAGGUUCGUGUUGGUCAGUUGCUGAGUGCAGCCAUCUGGGUGGUAAUGUUAUCUUUAGCAUUACCCAACAUUAUUCUAAGUGACCAGCCACCACGGAUCUCUGGAGGCAGAGUAAAGUGCACGUCCAUGAAGAACAAAGCCGGUCUGCUCUGGCAUGAAGGAUUCAACUAUUUCUGUCAGGUGGUUUUCUGGGGCACGCUGGCCUUGAUGGUGGUUUGCUACACUUUCAUCAGCAAGAAGGUUUAUGAGUCAUACAAAGCCUCAAAGAGCAGAUCUCAAGCAGCCAGUCGCAGAACCAAAGCGAAAGUGUUUGUGGUGGUAGGAGUGUUUUUUACCUGCUUUGCCCCAUUUCACUUUGCCCGCGUACCCUACACCCUGACCCAAACCGGCAGCAUGACAAGUCAUUGCCGGGCACAGAACGCACUCUACAUUGCCAAGGAAACCACCCUGUGGCUGUCAGCCACUAAUGUCUGUCUGGAUCCACUUAUCUAUGUGUUCCUGUGUAAGGUGUUUAGGAAAAGACUGACAGCCACACUCAGCCGUAAGCCAUUCAACAAAGGUGUCAUGGAGUCUCCCACAGCAACAUCAACUCAGCUGGAGAUGUCACAGAUAGGCCAGACUAGCAGACUAUCAUAUAACGGGAUGGCACAGCAAUAAGGCUGGACGUGACUGGACAAUGUACGAUGAAAGAAUCUUUCUUGUAAAUACAAUUUCAUCUUGAUGAUGCAGGUUGUAAAAUGAAUGCAAUGUCAUCAAAACAUCAAACAUGUCUCGAGUUGGGCGUGGCGUUUCAUACGUUUCGUUUUGAGACGGUGCUCACUUGCCACUUCUGCCGCAUGUUUGCUAAGUCAUCCAAUAUGUUUCCUUAGUUAUGCUUACUGUCAUUUCUAUUUCCUUCUUUCUAAUCUCGUUCAAACUGCACUUUCCCUUCAUGAACAUUUGGCUGAAGAGUAAACAUCUUGCUGUGAUGAUUACACACACACACACACACCAGGGACUGAAUGAUAACAAAAUUAGCACGGAACAGAGAUGGACACUUCUUACAGCUGUGCAAUAUAUAUAUGGCAACAACAAUAAUAAUAUUAAUAAAAUUAAUAUUUUUCAUACUACAGUUGCAUGGCAUUCAACUUUUAUUCUGGGAAUCUUAAUUUUAAUAAACACGCUACUGUUUUUAUGGGAAUGAGGUGGUAGAACAUGGCUGCUCUAAAUCUAAAUCUAUGAAUUCUUUGUCAUAAUGAAAGAGAGAUGCACAUGCACAGGCUGUGCAAUCAAGGCAGCCAAUAAGAGCCAAGAACAAUUAAAACAAGAUAAUGUAAAAUAUAGCAUCAGUAUCUGAAUUCAUAUCGCUCUGCUGGAGGUUUGGAAACAAUCAAUGCAACAUAGCUGCAAGCAUUUGCAAGUAGGACAUAUAGCCUUUCACAAUAUUGCACUGGUGUCAUUAAGUUAUUAAUUUUUAAAUUGAACAAGAGGAGAAAAAAAUAUAUAGAACCGGAAUAAAUUGACUUUUUCCAGCACUGCAACACCCCGAAGGCGGGUUUCAGGAUAUUCACAAACUGGUUUUGCAGGAUUAAUGUCACCUCCCACCUGAUUUACAAUUGUGUCUGCAUGUGGGUCUGAUUAAUGUAAUAAUGAAAUAUGAUCUUCCUCCAUCCCACCCUCUGUUGGCUACGACAGAGGCUGAUAUUUGGGCAGGAAAUUAAUGAGCUACAGAGCGGCCGGUGCUGCGGCUGCAGCCGUGGGAAGGGCCGUUCGUCACCCUUAGAUUAAAUCCUCUGACAGAUGACCCCGCAGUAGUGAAUUAUGAGAAAUUCUAAAUGACAUUCAAGGGAAUUAAAUAAACCCUGGAGAUAGUGUUGCCUAGCAGUAUGCACAGACACAAGUUGGGGACAGAAAAGAGCCAGAUAAAUAGUGGGCAGGUAGCAGUGUUGGCUGACAUGAAUAUGGCAGACCUAAUGAAACAAGGUGGUACAGCUUGCAUGUCAGAAAAACCUGUCAAGUCUACAUGUCAGUGAUGCCAGUCAGCAGAGGUUUAGAAAGAGUUUCAUGCUGAGACGCCCCAGAGAAAUUACUUAAAGCCAGCUUAUUAGAGCUUAGACUUAAGCUUUAGGUCAAGAAAGUCAUUUUGACACAUUGUCCAAUUGUUCAAACUUUCAAUGAGUGGGGAAAAAAAGCAUGGAACUGAGUGGGCUUACCUACACUUACCUUCUCUUAAGUUGAAAUGCACAUUUCAGAUCAUCGCAAAUUAAACGCCCAAAUAAAGAUAGAACACAUCAACAUUGGUAGCAUGCUAGCGUGAACUUUGACCCUCAUAAAGGCAAAGUAGACAUAAAAGCCAUCAUGCUAAAUUAAUCUUAGCCAGUAGGGGGCAAAAGAACCCCCCAAAAGCUGGAAGAGCCCAGAAAUUUCAAUGGCGUUCCCAUGCACAAAGGAAACGCAGCAAAGUGCCCUCUUGAUGCCCCUUUUGGCAGAUAAAAUGUGAUAAAAUGUCCUCUAGGGUGACCUUUAAGUGGAGUACACAUUGUGCCACAUACACUGCCCUCUACUAAAAAAUGAGUUGGCCUCUAUGUGCCACUUAGCUGUAGUAGUAGCGGUUCACAGUUCCCUGUUGGUUGUUAAUAUAGAGGUGUAGUUAGUACUUCCAGUUAAUAUGAGUCACAUAAUAAAGCUAUUUUAAUCUUAACCAGGGUUUUGGUUUUGGCUUUUGGUUCUCUUCUGUAUGCAGCUGCUGCUCUCUUUUUUUUUUCACCCCUGCCUCGAUGCAGCUGGCUUCAGAGGUCUGAUAAACACUUUCGGUCUCCACAUCCCCAUACCCAUCUGCAAUGUAAUCUGUAGGCCUAAUCAAUUUAUCUGACUUCAUGCAGCUCCCUCUGGAGCUACAAAAAAAAGAAGUAACAUGAUAAUCAAGUUACUGUUUUGCUUAACUUACUGUGGUAAUUUUGUUGAUGCUACAUGUGUAUUAUUAAACCGUUUCAAACUCAUAAAAGUAACAAGUCACCUACAAAAUUCAGUUCCCAUUUAUGUGCUUUAAAUUGUAAUAAAAACCAUCAGUGUGAUGUAUCAUUUUCAAAUUUUCUACCACAUAAAUAUGGCUCAUAAAUAAAUAAAUAAAUGGGGUGAUAAA